AUGAAAUGCUCGUCAUCGGCCGUCUCGCACCUCGUUGGAACGUACCAAUUGUUGCCCACAUCUGGUGAAAUGGCGAGGGCAACGAUGGCUUUUCUGCAGUUGAACAAUUGGGAGCAGGUCGGCAUGGUUCGACCCACCAACGGCUACGAUCGCUUGAGUCUGCACUCCUUGAAUAAUUUAAUCAAGAAAAAGGAUGCGCAGCUCCAAGUCAACAUACUCGUCGAAAUCGAUCCCUAUGCUUCAGCUGAUGAGAUUUUGGCGUCGGGAAAAUUGAAGCAAUUGAAAGCAAAGGCUAGGAUCAUCCUCGUCGAGCUGGGCAUGGAUUUGCAUGCGAACACCAACUUCAUGCAAGCCGUGUAUCGAGCUGAGAUGAAAACCGAGGAAUACGUCUACAUUUUGCCUUGGUUAUCACAUAUCAACGACCAUCACCCCUGGGAAGCAACCACCGUAGACAAACAAGAAUAUGCCACCCUGGCCUACAUGACGUUAUACGAUGCUCUUUUCCUCUACGGCCUGGCGUUGAGGGAUGCGUUUGAAGAUACCGGGGACUACGAUGUACACUUUAACGGCUCGUUUAUCUGGGAGAAGAUGACGAAUCGGCAAUUUAUGGGCGUCACUGGGCUGGUGUUGAUGAACAACAAGGCCAUCCGGGUCCCGUCGUAUGCAACCUAUCAUACCUCGAAUGGUACCUUACGGAUUGUCGUCGAGCUAGAGGCAAAACUCGGCGAGCGCGACAAGUGCAAUUCGAACUUGGAGUUGUGCUCGGAGCAUGUAGCCCACGAGGUCGUCCAAUUCUAUUGGAACAGCCACAACGGCCAACUCCCCCAAUCAGUACCGUCCUGUGGAUUUACGGGAGCUGAUUGUGACUACACAACCUACUUCGUACUGAUGGGCGUCACCUUGUUCAUUCUGACCAUAUUUCCACUAUCCUACUUUUUGUAUACCAAACAAAAAGAGCGCUUGCUCUACGACAUGACUUGGCGAAUUCCGAGAGAUAGCGUUCGGCUGGUCGAUGCCUCAAAAAUGAAAUCCGAACACUCCCUUGCCAGCAAGUCUCAAUCGUCCGGCUCGUUUUCGGGCAGCUUGACGUCCAAGCAAAAUGGCAUGGUCGGCGCCAAGCAGGCCAUAUCGAAUGGUGUUCGAUUGGCGAUCAAACGCUUCACCCAGAUGCGGAAUAUCACCUUCCAGAAGGAAGAUUUGCGGACGCUGAAGGAACUGAAACUCAUCGAAAACGAGAACCUGAAUAAAUUCUACGGGAUCGCCUUCAACCAGCAGAAUGAAUUCGUCGUCAUGUGGAUUCUGUGCUCGAGGGGGAGCUUGGAGGACAUCCUUUUCAACGACGAGCUCAAACUCGGCCGCAAUUUCCAAGUAUCGUUUGCCAAGGAUGUUGUCAAGGCCCUGGCCUUUAUACAUGCCUCCCCAAUCAUGUACCACGGCCUUCUCUGCCUCCAGAAUUGCCUGGUCGACUCGAAUUGGACGGUCAAGCUCACAAAUUUCCGAACCGAGGAGAUCAUCUCCGACAAGAUGUACCAUAAUGAGAUCCGGGCCGUGACUUCGGAGUUGGAGGACGAGAGCGAGCGGUUGAUUGAUAGGAAAUACAUCCAACAAGCUCCGGAAGUGAUUCGAGAAAUCGUUACCCGGAAAGCUUUGCCGCCUGGCGGCCAGCCUCAGGAUAUCUAUGCUUGUGGAAUGGUGCUCUACCAGAUUCUCUACAGGGUCGAGCCGUUCCAUGAAAGAGGGAAAUCAAUAGCGAAGCUUAUGGACCUCAUCGCCAUGUCAAACGAUGACGACCAGCUGAUCAGGCCCAGCUUUCCGUCGACAGUCGGUAAAGACACGGAGUCCUACAACCUCCAACUGCUCUCUUGCAUCGAGGCAUGCUGGCUGGAGAUACCAGAAAUGAGGCCGAACAUAAAGAAAGUUCGCUCGUUGACGAAUUCGAAUUUGAAGAGCACAGGCAAAGGUUCACUCGUCGACCAAAUGAUGAAAAUGAUGGAGGAGUACACGACGAAUCUCGAAUCGUUAGUCCGAGAUAGAACUGCUAUGUUAGAAGAAGCACAAAAGCAAGCGGAUCGGUUGCUGAAUAACAUGUUGCCAAGAUCUGUUGCGGAGGACCUCAAGGUUGGGAAACCUGUGCUUCCUCAGCUCUACCCAUGCGCUACUGUCCUAUUUUCCGACAUUCGCGGCUUUACAAGAAUAUCAUCGACCUCGACACCUUUGCAGGUCGUCACCUUCCUCAACGACAUGUUCUCCGGGUUCGACUCCAUCAUCGCCAAGCAUGAUGCUUACAAAGUCGAAACCAUCGGUGACGCCUACAUGAUCGUAUCUGGAGUUCCAAAAGAAAAUGGAAAUUAUCACGUCCAAAACAUUGCUGACGUCGCGUUGAAGAUGCGGGCUUUUGUCUCCAACUUUAAAUUGGCGCAUCGGCCCGAAGAACUGAUGAUGGUAAGGAUCGGAUUCCACUCGGGAUCUGUAGCAGCUGGAGUGGUUGGAUUGGCGGCACCGAGAUACUGUCUCUUUGGUGAUACCGUCAACACGGCUUCCAGGAUGGAAAGUACCGGAGUGGCAAAUAAAAUUCAGAUAUCCGAACAGGCCUACAACCUUCUCCACUGCUUCUUCCCCCAAUUUAACAUGUCCGAAAGGGGCAAAAUCGAAGUCAAGGGCAAAGGCGAAUGCUUGACAUUUUGGCUUGACAGCAGCAAAGCGCCUCCACAAUCUGCAAAG